AUGAAGAUAGUCGCCGAGUAUGACAUAAAGCUGUCUAAAGAGGAUGACCCAGUGGUGCUGUACAGGCUCCCGAAUACAGAGACAAACUUCAGGAUUGAAGCAAUCCGCCACAAGCAGCAGUUCAAAUACUUGGAGAUGGACAUGGGGAUUCCAAGGGCAGGGCGGGGAGUCCAAGGAGCAAAGGACAAAAGGCCCAUUGCCAUCACCUAUGCGAGCCAUGGAACCGUCCCAUCAUCCGUCCAGUGGUACGGGAAGAUAGACCACUUCAAGAGGGUUGUUGUUCUGAGGCGGAUUGAAUGCAUCUAUCUGUUCAACCCGAAGUUCAAAUCCCCCGAGACGGAAAAGAGUGCCCGGGAGAUUGACGGAUACCAGUUCCGAAAGACGGAGACGCGUGAAGAGAAAGAUCAUAGAAGAAAAAACAUCAACUACCACAUAAAAAGGAUGAAUCUCGAGGAGUUUGUCAUGCUGAAGUACAAAAGAAAGGAGAUGUGCCAGGAAUACGGCGACAUCCCUAAACUACCGGUUUCCGAAAGCAGCGGAAGGCCUAUUAUGAAGAUAAGGGACUCCAUCAUCAAUGCUAAGGUUGUGAACUUUUCUGAGCUUGUUCUGCUGUACAGGGAUGAAAAUGCAGUGAAGGCUGCACUGUCAAGGUAUACCAACUUUAUCCAUGGAAGAUACGUCCUCUCGAAUAUGUUCUACGAAAAAAGCCUCCACAGCAUUCGGGAUGGGAUCCUGGAAUUGUUUGAGGGGAAGGAGAGGGUCCUGUCCAAGGAUGUGUACCAAGUGGUUGGGGACGAGGACUUCCUGGCUGAGGAGCUCUGUAGAAGGGACGGAAAGUAUUUCUACCUUCGGGGCUUCAGCGAGGAUACAAAAAGAUGUGAUGGUGUGGAUAUAGGGCAGGAAAUAGCUUCCCUGGUUGCAAAGCACCAGCCCUGUACCGUUGAAAGCAUCCAACAGGAGAUGCUAUUGGAGGCCGACGCCAUAAGACGAAAUCUACCUGGAAAUGUGGCAGUUCUGGCCAAUGGUAUGCUGGCUGUUUGCUCGGGAGACGAGAGAAGAAGGAAGAUAGUGGAAAUGCUGGUGAUGAAAAAGAGCUGGAGGAAGUCUGAAGUGCUAAAGAUUGCACAAAACGAGCUUGGGGGCAUUGAAGACUUCCUCAAUGUACUUUGUGAAUACUGUGAGAUGAAGGGAAAUGUAUGGAGCAUUAGAGAGUGA